AGCGGACCUGAGUGUACACAGUGUACAGGGACAUUAGCUGCUGUCCCACCGUCAUGUAGAGAGGCUCAGAAACAACACCAGCACACACACACACACACACACACACACUCAGUCAGCCGCCGACUCGUCCUGCUCCGCUUCCUUUAGUUUCAAACAGGAACCUCGACGGGACUUGAGGAACACACUCGCCUGGAAACCUCUGAGUCGUCCACACCAGGAAUGGAGGAGGCUCCCGGAUAAAGUAAAACAUGCCCUUCGCUGUUUUCCUGUGGCCGCUGCUGGUGUUUUGCUGUCACCAGCUGCAGGUUUCCUCUCAUGUUUUGACGGAGGGUUCAGGUGUCCGGGUCACCUGGCUGCCCUCUGACACAGCGGUGAUGGCGCAAGGAAACAGGGACGAGUGUGACCUGGUGAUGAACCUGAGCGCCACAGACCGCUGUGCAUUCGUGAAGAACACCUCAGACUGCAGCAUGGAAGAUGGCUUCAUCAACUACCUGCAGCUGGCCUUCUGCCUGCUUCCUCCAAACCUCACACCCCUCACCAUCACCCUCUGUAUUAUAUGGCUCUUCUUUUUGUUCAUUUUUCUUGGACUCACUGCAUCUAAGUUUUUCUGUCCCAACCUCGCCGCCAUCUCGACCAGUUUGCGACUCACUCACAAUGUGGCUGGUGUGACGUUUCUGGCGUUUGGUAAUGGAGCUCCUGACGUCUUCAGUGCCAUGGCGGCUUUCUCCCACCCACACACUGCGGGCAUGGCUGUUGGAGCUUUGUUUGGAGCUGGUAUAUUUGUCACCACAGUGGUUGCGGGCGGCGUGGCCCUGGUCAAGCCCUUCAACGUGGCUUCACGCCCGUUUCUGCGAGACAUCAUCUUCUACAUGGUGGCGGUGUUCUGGACCUUCUUCAUCCUCUACAGAGGAACUGUAUCACUGGGAGAGACUCUGGGGUACUUGGGCCUCUAUGUGGUGUACGUGUUGACCGUCAUCAUCAGCGCCUGCAUCUACAACCGGCAGAAACACUCGAGGAUGGGAAGCACACAGAAUGGGCCUGUUCAGAAUGUUGCACAGACUCCAGAGUUCCAGGCAUCUGAGUCAGAUGAUGAGGUUCCCUGCUUCAGUAAUGGCAGCAUCCAGCAGGAAUAUGAGGCAGAGUAUCGGCCCCUUCUGCCCUACUCGGAGUCGACCAGUCAGAUCCUGCUGAGCUCUCUGAACCCGGUGGACAACAGGAAGUGGAGGAGGAAGUCAUGGGGCUGGAGAGCCCUCAAAGUGGUGAAGACACCACUGGAGGUUCUGCUGCUGCUCAUUGUCCCCAUCGUCGACCCUGACAAAGAAGACAGGAACUGGAGACGCCCGUUAAACUGCCUCCACCUCAUCACUGCUCCGCUGGUGUGUGUACUCACUUUCCAGUCUGGAACAUAUGUACAUUAUAUGGUCCAAGGGGAGUUUCCCCUUUGGCUGCUGACUUUUCUCAUCGGCCUUUUCCUGGCUGCUAUCGUCUUCUGCACCACCGCCAAUGACUGUCCUCCUGUCUAUCACUCACUGUUUGCUCUUUUGGGGUUUUUGGUGAGUGCGGUGUUGAUCAGCGCGGCGGCCUCAGAAGUGGUCAGUCUGUUGCACAUGCUCGGUGUGGUGCUGAGCCUCAGCAACACCGUGCUGGGCCUGACUCUGCUGGCCUGGGGCAACAGCAUCGGAGAUUGUUUCUCUGACAUCACAAUUGCACACCAGGGUUACCCACGGAUGGCCAUAUCUGCCUGCUUUGGAGGCAUUAUUUUCAACAUGCUGUUUGGGGUGGGUCUGGGCUGUCUGGUGCAGAUGAUCAGGAGUCACUCUGAUGUAGAGCUGGAGCCAGAGGGUUUGUUGAUGUGGGUUGUUACUGGAUCUCUGGGUUUGUCUUUGGUUCUGUCCUUCGUGAUUGUCCCGCUGUGCCGGUUCCGCCUGGGUCCACGCUACGGGACCUUUCUCCUCGUCUUCUACGCCACCUUCCUUCUCAUUGCACUGCUCACAGAGUUUGGCAAGAUCCGCAUCAGUUAGACCUCACAGUGAAAGGCCAUUUUGAACUGAAGGAACUCCUUCCAAAAUACAGAUCGCCACACAGGAACAGAGGCUACGCCGAGCUGGACUCUUUUCAAAGGGCACCUUAUUCUACAUCUGCACACUAUUUAUAUAACAAUCAGUCUCCACAAGCCAGAGCCAUGCUGAGGUUGGUUGCUGGAACGCAGCAGGCUGGUUUAAUGGAAAUCAAUGAAACUUUGAUUGUUUUUUUUGUUUUUUGUUUUUUUUCAAUCAGGGCAUGGCUCAGCAUGGAAAAAUGUUUUUUGUGGAUUAGUGCUCUGAUCAUUUUUACAUGAGGCUAUGGUUUGAAGCUCAGUCAACUUUUCUCCACAGAGAUUUGAAAGCUAAUCACACUGCCUUAAUUAAGCCUGUACUGACUGGUGCUCACAGCAAAAACACAGGGAUAAUUUUUCAUCACUAUGACAACCCAGUAACAACCCAGUGUGUCGGUGGUGGAAAUGGGUGUGGCAUAUUUGCAGUUUAAACCAAUGUGAAUGGACUCAAAUGUACUGUAAAUCAAAAGUAAUGUUAAAAUUCUCUUUGUACAAAGCUGCUUCUGGGGAAGGAAACACAUUUUGUGUUUGCGCCAACACACUUUUGAUAUAUUUGAGUUAAUAAACCAAUUUUGGUUCAGUA